AUGCCACCUGUAUUUCCAAAUACGAUUAAUGGAAAGGAUAGAUUUGGCCUCAAAGCUAGCUUGAUUCAAGUCACCAGCUUGGACCAAGAGAACAUAUUUGGGCAAGUUUCACAUGAGCUGGAGGUACAUGUCCCAGCGAGCGAAGCAUGGGGUCUCUACAGCACACUUCGACUGUCAAAACUUGUGGAAAAAGAGCUCCCUGGCAUGUAUGAUAAAAUUGAGCUGCUAGAAGGUGAUGGUGGAGUUGGAACCCUUUUCAAACUUACAUUUCCACCAGGUACGCCGGAGAUUACAUAUUACAAGGACAGGUUUACUAAGAUUGAUCGUGAGAAUCGCAUCAAAGAAGCGGAAGUGUGCGAAGGCGGAAAUUUGAACGUCGGAUUUAGUGCGUACCGUUUUCGCUUUGAAAUCAUAGAGAAGGAGGAGAAUUCAUGCAUCAUCAAAUCAACAGUUGAGUAUGAGUUGAAGGAAGAAUAUGCCGCCAAUGUCUCUUUCGUCUCCAUCGAGCCAUUAGCAAAGAUUGCAGAAACUGCCAAACAGCAUCUUCUGAACAUCAAAGCCAAAGAUUAAAAAUUAAUAUAUACAUUUGAAUCAUUGUUAAGAGUUAAUGGAAAAAAGCAACGAGCAUAAAAAUGUUGG